CCGCUUCGGAUCCUCAAACCAUUGCUACAAUCAAUAAGUUCAGCCGGUUGUUUGAGCUAUAGCUAUCUCUCACUCAAAUGGCCACCAAAACGAUAACAUUGCAACUAUUUCCCCUUUUCUUCUUCUGCUUGUUUCUUGUCUGCAACUGCAGAUUCGAGGGCGUUAAUGGAGAUGACAAUGGCGGCUGGCAAACUGCACAUGCCACCUUCUACGGUGGUGCUGAUGCUACCGGCACGAUGGGGGGAGCUUGUGGUUAUGGGAACUUGUAUAGUCAAGGGUAUGGAACGAGCACAGCAGCUUUGAGCACUUCACUUUUCAACAAUGGCCUGAGCUGUGGUUCCUGCUACGAGCUCCGGUGCAAUGAUGCUCCUAAAUGGUGUUUUACUCGAACCAUAACCGUGACCGCCACCAACUUUUGCCCCCCUAACUAUGCUUUAUCAAGUGACAAUGGUGGUUGGUGCAAUCCCCCCCGAGAACACUUUGAUUUGGCCGAACCAGCUUUCUUGCAGAUUGCCGAAUAUCGAGCUGGAAUCGUACCUGUUCUCUACAGAAGGGUCUCAUGUGUGAAGAAAGGAGGCAUACGAUACACCAUUAAUGGGCAUUCAUACUUCAACCUAGUUCUGAUAACAAACGUCGCAGGUGCUGGGGAUAUAAAGUCGGUGUCGAUCAAGGGUUCGAAGACGGGGUGGCUACCGAUGUCGAGAAACUGGGGCCAAAACUGGCAGAGCAAUGCCUACCUGAAUGGCCAAAGCCUGUCUUUCAAAGUCACAGACAGCGAUGGCAGGACCAUCACAAACUACAAUGUGGUGCCUGGUGGAUGGCAAUUCGGACAAACAUUUGAAGGAGGCCAAUUUUAAGACAAAUUCAAUUGAAAAAUUACUUGUAUAAGGUCACACGAGAGUUUUAUGCAUAGGUAGCAAGGUGGCUCCCGCUGGCUUUGUGUGAAAUAAGCGAGCAAGUGCCAUAUAUAUAUACAUUUAUACAUUUCAAUGUAUGCAUAGUGCCCUCCAACUACUAAGUUUGGAUUUUGGAGGGAAUAUCCAUAAGAUAAUGUCUGAAAUUUGUUUGUUGAUUGACCAUAAUUUUUAAGGAUUAAUAUCCUUUAUAAUUUUUAAA